ACCUUCAACCAAAGCCUUACUUACUCUUCCUCCCUGAAAAUAAAAAAAAAAACCAAACCACAUAAUGGCAAGCUUAAUAUUCCCCUAUGCAAGCCAUUUGAUCACAACUUCCGUUACCAUCCUUCUCCUUGCUCUUCUUUGUUGCACCACACGCACGAUCGGCAUCCAAUUCGAUCCAAUAACUUCAUCGACGUCCUCGCCACCGUCGUCGUUCGUCCAGACAAAAAAUGCCCAGUUUGUCCUCAACGGUGCGCCGUUCCUCUUCAACGGAUUCAACUCCUACUGGAUGAUGACGGUGGCGGCUCAGGUGGAUCAGAGGCACAAGGUGACGGAGGUGUUCGAUCAGGCCAGGGCCGCCGGCCUCACCGUCUGCCGGACGUGGGCUUUUAGCGACGGAACGGGUGAUCAAGCGCUUCAGAUAACUCCCGGUCUUUAUAGCGAGCCUGUGUUUCAGGGGCUGGACUUUGUGAUAUCGGAAGCAAAAAAGCGUGGCAUUCGGUUGAUCCUGACACUAACCAACAACUACAAAGACUUUGGCGGAAGACAGCAAUAUGUUGCCUGGGCACGAACCCUGGGCGUCCCGGGUGUGGGCGGAGAUGACGAUUUCUACACUCACCCUGUCUUAAAAUGGUACUACAAGAACCAUAUCGCGAGGGUGUUGACGAGGAUCAACACCAUCACCGGAACAGCUUAUAAGGACGACCCCACGAUCAUGGCGUGGGAGCUGAUCAACGAGCCGCGCUGCGAGAUUGAUUCCUCCGGCGAUACAAUCACGGGGUGGGUUCAGGAGAUGGGGUCGUACCUGAAACUGAUCGACAACAAGCACUUGCUGGCCGUAGGAAUGGAAGGUUUCUAUGGAGAUUCCACUCCUGACAGGAAGCAAUUCAACCCUGGCUACCAAGUUGGUACAGAUUUCAUCACCAGCAACCUCCUCGAAUCCAUCGAUUUCGCCACCAUUCAUGCCUACCCUGAUGCAUGGCUGGCAGGGCAGAGUAGGUACGAGCAAAUGACAUUCUUACAGAAGUGGAUGAGCAGCCACCUCACCGACUCGCGGACGAUACUGAGAAAGCCACUGGUGUUUGCCGAGUUCGGCCUCUCAAAGAAGGCCACCGGGUACGCCAACGUCGGCAGGGACUUGUUCCUCAACGCCGUCUAUGGCACCAUAUUCGGCUCCGCCAGGUACGGCGGCACCAUCGGCGGCGGGUUGGUGUGGCAGCUGUUGGCCGAUGGGAUGGAGUCUUACAACGACGGCUACGAGAUUGUUCUGUCGCAGUGUCCAUCUACGAGUUUCGUCAUUGGGUUACAGUCUAGGAGGAUGUCUGCUCUUCAACAUGUGUUGGCCGGAGCUUAGCAGGGGAUCGGACGUAGUAGUAGUAGAAAUAAACUAGCCGGUUCAAUAUUAACCGUACGUAGUGAGAAAUUGAGGGAUAAAGUACAAGGUAGAUUUAUUUAGUGUAGAAAUUUGACCAAUAAGUGUAAGUUAGACCCAUGUCUAGCAUGUUAUUCACCCAACCAUGCUAAUGUGUUACACAAUAUUGUAGACCACAUAUCAUAUUGUGUCUUUCAUUGAUAUAUGGUCUAACACACUUCAAUGUUCAAUUACGUCUAACACACUUCAAUGUUCAAUUAUUUCCUUUAUUGAUCGUAGGAGGCUUGUAUUUUCUUACAAUAUAUUUAUAUUAUGUGA